AUGAAUGGUCACGCGCAUACGAACGGCAACGGGGUGCACCCGGUGUACGCCGUCGUCGACCAGCCCCUGGGCACGUCGAAACCCAUCCGGAUUGUGUGCAUCGGCGCCGGCGUCAGCGGCAUCAACCUUCUUCGUACUCUUCGACUCAACCUCACAGACUACGAGGCCCAGAUAUACGAGAAGAACGAGAACGUUGGCGGCACUUGGUUCGAGAACCGCUACCCCGGCUGCAGAUGUGACAUCCCGAGUCACAAUUACCAGUACUCAUGGCGGCCGAACAAGCAGUGGAGCAACUUCUUCGCUCCAGCGAGGGAGAUCGGCGACUACCUGUGUCAGGUCUGCAAAGAGGAAAACAUGAUGCCUUCCAUCAAGUUGCAACACAGAGUCAACUCGGCACGUUGGGAAGAGACCAGGGGUGUUUGGCUUCUGAGGGUUUCGGACCUGCAGACUGGUGUCGAGUUCGAUGAUGAAGCAAACUUCUUGAUCAAUGCCUCUGGCAUUCUGAACAACUGGAAGUGGCCCGAUGUAGAGGGCCUCCAUGAUUUCAAGGGGGAUUUGGUACACACUGCGUCGUGGCCGGAAGAGUACGACCUGACCGGCAAGACCAUCGCAGUGAUAGGCAACGGCGCGUCCGGAAUUCAAUUGCUUCCAGCAAUUCAACCAGAUGUCAAGAAGCUGUAUCAUAUCGUCCGUACACCAACUUGGAUCCCACCACCAUGGCGACAAGCGCAGGCUAUGAUGGGCGGCGGCCAGAUGCUGAAGGAGAUAGAUCUUGACGCCAAAGAGAACUUCACCCCUGAACAAAUCAUGAGAUUCGAGGACGAUUCAGACUUCUACAAACGUUUCGUAAAGAGCAUCGAGAAAGAUACGAGCGGGAACUUUAGACUGGUCGUCAAAGACGGUCCCAUACAAGCAUUUGCCAGCGCCAAAAUCAAGGAGUACAUGACAAUGGUGCUGAGAGGAGACGAAAAACUGUGCAAGGCGCUCAUACCAGACUUCCCUGUCGGCACGAGACGGAUGACGCCUGCACCUGGCUACCUCGAGGCGCUGCAAAGGGAGAACGUGGAGGUUGUGUCGGGUGACAUAAGGAGAUUCGUGGCUGACGGGAUCGAGAUGAAUUCGGGAGAAGUUCUGAAGGUCGACGCGAUCAUCUGCGCCACAGGCUUCGACAUCUCGUUCCGGCCGCGAUUCCCCUUGGUGGGCCGCGAGGGUAACCUCCAGGAUACAUGGAGCGAGGAGACGCCCAAGGCCUACAUGUCGUGCGCCGUGGCUGGGAUGCCAAACUACUUCACAUUCCUCGGCCCGAACGCGCCCAUCGGCCACGGCUCCGUCUUCACCCUGAGCGAGCACAUCGCCAAGUACAUCGUGCGCAUCCUGAAGAAGUGCCAGACAGAACACAUCCGCGCCAUAGCUCCGACCCAGGGCGCCGUGGACGACUUCAACGAGCACAUCGAACACUUCAUGCCGCGCACAGCGUGGGGCGCACCGGGGAGGUCGUGGUUCAAGGCGGGCAAGGAGGACGGGCCCGUCGUCGCGCUGCACCCAGGGAGCAGGGUGCACUUCUUCCACAUGUUGGAGGGCCUGAGAGGCGAGGACUUUGAAUACGUUUAUGACUGCGAGGCGGGCGCCGCCGCCAAGGCGAAGCAGAACCGCUUCGCGUACCUGGGGAACGGGUUCUCGGUCAGAGAGCUGGACCAGUCGUUUGACUCCACCUGGUACCUGGACGAGUCGGCAGUCAUCUGA